GCUGGAGAACGUAGGGGGUGCCAUGGACGUCGCGUCUUCCGUGUUCGCAGGCCCGCACAAGGGCUUUUUCGGCUUGUCCUCAGCACGCAGAAAAGCGGAAGAAAAAGUAGCAAAGGAAGCGGCUGCGACAGUGGCACCUAUACCGGUGGCACCCGUACCAGUCGCACCUGCACCUGUCGCUUUAAGGUUCUCUCUAAUCCAUCUUCAGAAGCAUCCUGGAGAGGCUUUUCAAGGGUAGAAGGGACCCAGGAGGAUGCCUCCACGUAGGUUGAUUAGGGUAGGUUCUAACUACUGCUGUGCCAAUAGAGCAGCCUGCGUCCUCAGCCUCGCAGGAGACGACAUCACAUGGGGAGGACCCGGCCGGCGGG